AGCCAGUCAGCUGCGAGCUGUCGUCUAUCCCCGUCAGCUGAUCCAGCAGGGGAGUCUCCCGUCUCAUUCACUCUUUCUCACUUCCCAAGUGGAUUAAAAACUCUUGCCGGCGAGUUUCUGGGUCAGGCGGCGGCUUUCAUUCCAAGGGCUGGCUAGCUAGUAGGAGAUCUAUUUUUUUUUUUUUUUAAACAAGCCAACCCAAACCCACAGCUGCAAACUGGAUCGCCCUGCAACUUGCACCCAACUCUUGGGCUCUCCAUUCAGAGGAUGGCGACCAAUUUUAAUGACAUAGUGAAGCAAGGGUAUGUAAAGAUUAAGAGCAGACGUUUAGGUAUUUAUCAGAGAUGUUGGCUGGUCUUCAAGAAAGCAUCAAGCAAAGGGCCAAAAAGGAUAGAGAAAUUCUCAGAUGAACGGGCUGCUUACUUCUGUUGUUAUCACAAGGUUACGGAACUUAAUCACGUGAAGAAUAUAUCUCGGUUGCCAAAAAGCACCAGGAAGCAUGCUGUAGGGAUAUAUUUUAACGAUGACACAUCCAGAACAUUCGCAUGUGAAUCAGAACUUGAAGCAGAUGAAUGGUGCAAGGUCUUGCAGAUGGAGUGCCUCGGGACUCAGAUGAAUGAUAUUAGCCUUGGAGAACCUGACCUUUUAGCUUCCGGAGUCGAGAGAGAACAAAGUGAGAGAUUCAAUGUGUAUUUGAUGCCAUCCCCUAAUUUAGAUGUGCAUGGGGAAUGUACCUUGCAGAUAACGUUUGAGAAUAUCUGUCUUUGGGACAUCCAGAAUCCCAGAGUAAAGCUCGUCUCUUGGCCUUUGAGUGCCCUCCGACGAUAUGGACGGGACUCAACUUGGUUUACAUUUGAAGCUGGAAGGAUGUGUGACACAGGGGAAGGACUAUUCAUCUUUCAGACAAGAGAUGGAGAGGCAAUCUAUCAGAAGGUUCACUCCGCGGCUCUGACCAUAGCAGAGCAACACGACCGCUUAUUGCAGAGUGUGAAAAACUCAAUGCUACAGAUGAAAAUGAGCGAGCGAGCCGUCUCUCUUGGCACUAUGGUCCCCUUGCCUCGCAGUGCCUACUGGCAGCACAUCACACGGCAACAUAGCACUGGGCAACUGUUUGGCCUUCAAGACAGUCCACUGAAGAUCCAUCGAACAGAAACUUUUCCCACCUAUCGAUCAGAGCAUUGAUAAAAGAGAAGCAGAGACUUUAAAGCAACAUGUCUUGAGAUGGACUGGUUCAGCAAAGAGGUUAUCAUUGAUACUGGAUAAAAGUGGUGAAGCAGCUGAAAGAAACUGAGACUGGAUUAUGACUGCAAUAUUAUUUUUUAAUCUUCAACCAGAUGAUGAAUGACCUGCAGAUAAUUUUGGAAAGUACUAUAUUUCAUAGUUACAUCCAGAACAAAGAUGCACUCCCUCUAUGUGUGAAAUCUUUUUUGAAUAUAAUUGAUAUCUGUUGAUGAUUUGUUUUAAGCUAUCAGUUAUUCAGAAAUUCACUUCCUCCGUUUUGACAGUAUGUUGGGAUAAUGUAGUUUAUGGUCUAUGUAUGUUUUCUUUUGGGCUCCAUGUCAUAAUUCAUCACUGAGCAUAGCACUUUUCAGAAUGGUGACCAGUUUUUUUUUUUUCAGAACUGGAAUCUGUUGUCCCUGUCUAUUAAAGUCUGGUUAAGACUCACCUAAUUUAAAAAAGGGCAGUUCUUUUGUCUUUAAUCUAUGCUUAUUUCCCACUUGUGUGUUUUAAAUAUGUCUCCUAGAAGUUUAAAAAUUAAAAAAAAAUCCUUUCUCAUAGAA